AUGCCUUUAACACAGGAAGAGAUAAAUCAAGUUACAGAAUCAUACAGACUCCUUGAUCCUGAGCAGAAGAACAAGCUUGGAAAAGCUCAGUUAACAUCUUUGUUCAAUGAUCUUAAACUUGAUCUCACAGACAAGCAAAAAGACGUUAUUAUUGAUGGCAUGUUGGCAUGUAAUCAAAAGGCUAAUCUUCAGACAUGCAUCAAUACAGUAUCAUGUUUGCAUGAUCAAGAUGAAUUAGGAAUUCUUAAAAUUGCAUUUCGUGGACUCGAUCAAAAUUGUACACGAAAACUAAGUUUAGAUCAAGCAGUUGAGAUUACUGAAGUCCUUAAGAAACAGGUCACUAGAGAACAACUCUCUGAAUCUUUGUCAGGAAAUACUGAAAAAGGAUUUUCAUUUUCAAAGCUUGCAAAAGUUCUUCUAGACAUUACCAUUCCAGAGAAUGUUGAUCCUUUCAGUGGAAUCGGCGAAAAAUCAAAAUGCUGUUUAUUAAUUUAA